GCGCCGAGGGGAGCAAUGAGAGCAGCGGCGGUGGUGGUGGUAGUGGUGGUGGCGGUGGCGGUGGUGGUGGCGGUGGUGGUGGUGGGUAAGGCAAGAGUCAACAGUGAGCCGGUGUGAGGUGAGGCAUGGCGGUUCGGAUGAUGGCGGUAGUGGCGGUGGUGGUGACGGCGGGGGCGGCCGGGGUGCUGGCUGGCAAGGGCGGGAGAUGCAUGGAGUCCACCUACAGGGCCGACGCUCCCCUGGCUACAGGAAGUAUCGUGUGGCUGUACGUGUUUAGGCUGCAACCGUGUAUGUACCACUCUGGGAUAGGCACGCGGGGAGCCUACUGGGCCUACGCCGCUACGGGACAGUACACCAACCGCAAUUACGCCCAGGACCGCUGUAAUGGCCCACUCGUCUACUGGUACAAGCUGGGCAGGACCAAUAGAACCAAGGAGGAGGUGCACACCAUCGUCAGUGACCUGGUUCGCUUCUGCUAUCCUGGAUACAGUAGCUGCUGGAGGUUCAUGAUGAGCCACUACAGCGUCGGGUACUGGAACUGCAACUACUUCACUCACCACCUGGCGGAGGCUCUGGAUGUGCUCGACGGCUACCCUGACUGGCUGUGGCACUCCCCCUGGCCCGGAUUCAGUUGCUGAGACCUGCAGGAGCGGGACGGGAGGAAGUGAAUAGGUGUGGAAGAAAGGGUGUAAUAUAGGGAGGGAUAAAGAAGUGGAAGAGUUUGAAGGAGGGAAGGAGGGAAGUUGUAAUCGUUAAAGAAGGAAAGAACGAUGGAAGGGAAAGAAAGGAGGCAUGAGAGGAAAAGGAGGAAGGAAUGAAGGUACGGUAAAAGAAUGAAACAGGGAAGGAAUAAAGAAAGGAAGGAUGAAUAAGGAAGGAUGGAAUGAAGGAGGAAUUGAGAUGUAAAUUAAGGGAAGUAGAGAAGGAGGGAGGGAAAGAGAGAAAGGAUGGAAAAAGGAAGGGAGAGAAGGAAAAAUGAGUGGAGGGAGAAAUAAUUGAACAAGGGACACAGACAGACACACAAGAGAGAGAGAGAGAGAGAGAGAGAGAGAGAGAGAGAGAGAGAGAGAGAGAGAGAGAGAGAGAGAGAGAGACAGACAAACAGACAUACAAACAGACAGAAAGACAGAUAGACAGACGGACAAGCAGACAGACAGACAAAUAAACAAGACAAAAGAAGAAAAAGUUGUAGUAAUAUCGUUGUAAAUAAUUUUAGUUUCUAUACCUUGUGAUACAAAAAUAAACUCUGUCACCUUGAAA